ACUCGACUGCCGACGGGUCAAACGACAAAAACACAUUACACUUGACAUUUUGACACGCAGAGUGCAGCAUCGCCAAUCAAAGUUGAAGAGUUCAAGUGACGUGACGGCUUGCCAAAACAACAGCACAAAUAAAUAACAAAAAGCACACAAAACAACAACAGCAACACACCACGCGUUUGUGAAUGCAGGCCACGGAGCACAAAAGAGACAAAGCGGAGGUGGCACCGCAAAUGCGAACAAAAGAGGAAAUCAAAUAAUAUGCAAAACGAGUAAAAAGCAGCAAAGUGUGAAGGAAGUGGAAAACAGUUAACAAAAACAAACAAGACAAUAAAGGAUAUUUUGCGGACGAAUUCUAUUGUAUAAAAUUGAGGAGCCUAACCGAGCAGCAGCUGCUGCCGAAAACAGCGGCCAACGAAAGGAGCAACAGGAAUCAAUAAAAAGCGAGCUACAACAACAAUAACACAUAGUGUGGCUAGAAAGCAGCAAACAAAACAGAAAAGUUAAGCUGAAGGCGGACACAAAAAUCAAUUGAAAUUGAAGAGGGUCCACAGGCGCCCGCCUGAAACGUGACGCGUAAGGACUUCCUGGCAGUCAAGCACUCGAGCAAGGCGACCGGAAGACAACAAAGCGCGAGUGCCAAGUGGACGCGGUGUAAGCCGCAAUGAAAAAGCUACCCGUGGCUUUGUUGGCCAGCACUUUGCUGCUGUGGCAGACGACAGCGCUGGCGGGACGCCUUGUGAAGCGCAGCUACUCCGAUCAAAGCGUGCACGGCUACCAGACGGAGCGCACAUGCUGGUGGAACGAGGUGUGCAAGGAGGAAUUUCAGAAUCUCUUCCGCUGCAAGUGUCCACAAUUCUCAUACUGCCGCUCACCAGGACGCUACUACAAUGCGUAUUGUUCAAUGACCGACACGGGCUACAUAUGGACGCAGCCAACAUGGGACUGGGUGCCUUGAAUGCUGCCAUCGCCGGUCUACUGCCUACAUAUAUUUAAGUGCUUAACACACACCAACACAUACACAUAUAAAUCACAUACUUAUACUUAUGCACCCACAUAUGCCUAUAGUUAGGAUAGAAAAUAUUCAAAAGCAACAAAAAACAAUGAAAAGUCGUAAAAAUAUACAUAUUUAGUAUAUAGUAUAGUCUUACAUACAUACAUACAUAUAAAUAUAUAUAUGUAUAUUAAAGCUACUCUUGGCACAGAAAGUGUUUAUUAUUAGCACUGACAUACUAACGGUGCUUUAAAAGACACAUUCAAAAAAAAAAUGCAUUUUACACAAACAAAAAAAAUACAUUCACAAACAUAUACAACGAAUUAUAAUUGUACCGUUAUUCACAAAAAUAGUUUAUGUAUGUAGGAUCGCUUAGAACCUUGAACCCACGCUUAAGCUACUUUUCAUAUAUGGUUAAUACCACUAUGUUGUUGUUGUGGCAGAGUUCUGACGAGUUGGCAGUACUUGGCCGUAUAAAAAACUUCGGUCCAUUCCGAAGUAGACCCGACUGACGUAGGAAUGGUUGUUACAACUACAUACUUCAUCUGAUCAGAUUUGAACCGGACUGGCAAAAACUACAUUUUCAUGUAUUUUAGCUCCUGAGCCAAAACAAGAAUGCCAAUACUCAAUCCAACUUUCUAUACACUUUUUAUAAGCUUCGGCUGGUUUAUCCUUCAGGGAGAUUUGUUUUUUUUUCUAUUUCGAGUCAUUCUUGUAACGCCAUUCGCUAGAUUGUUGGCUAGUUCCGAUGACAUAUUCAUAAACUUACGUCUCGUCACUAGUCCUGACGCCCUUGAUGAAUAUAGGGUCCUCAGCAACGUUAUUAAGCAUCUCUUUCUCAACCGCUUGACGUCGUUUUUGCAAAAAAUACAGAACUUUUGGUAUGAGUCCAGUAAUGACCCGCUUUAUACCCAAAACAUUAAACAAAAUAUGUUGAGUUGAUCCAUAAGAAAUACUGAGAACCUCUGCUAUAACUCUGAUGCCAACACGACAAUUUGGAAAUACUAUUUCUAAUAUUUUUCGGUGUUAUUAACAGAGUUGGACGGACGACCCGAUUAAGGCAAACUCUCGAUUACUUUACGACCUUCAAUAAAUGCUUUGUGUCGCUCAAAUACUGGUAUUCGUGAUAAAGUGGACUCCACCAAACACACAAUAUUGAACGAUCAAAAAAAAAAACAUUUAACAAGAAAAACUUCAUAGAUUUGGUUUACGCGUGUGGUUUAGUUUCAUGAACCACUCGGGGUAAAAUUUCAAAAUAUGGGAAAUAUACCAUAAAAUCUUGACUUCUGAGCUCAGUUAUUUUUCCAGUACAAAUCCCUUAGAUCCACAUUAACCAUACUAUAAAAGAAUUUCAACAUAGCAGUGGACUUAUCAGAUGUACUAUAGACCCUUUUGGGGUCAGAAAAGUCUCUUGCAGAGCUUUACUACGAAAUAAUGUUCAUAAAUAUCCAACAACAAGCUUGUUUGUACAGUCUUGUAUUCUGAGCUCAGUUAUUUACCAAGUCCAAAUCCCGUAUAUACAUAUUAACCAGACUAUAAAUGAACCUCAACAUAGUCAACAUAGUAGUCUCACUAGAUGUGUUCUUUACCCUUCUAGGGUACAAAAAAAUCCCUCGUAAAGCUUUAUUAAGAAAUAAUAUUAAUAAAUACCCAAAAAUGAGGUAGUUUACGUCAAGAUUUUAUAAAAAAAAAAAUUUAGUGUUACACACUCUACUGUUGUUUCUGUUGUUGUAAAGGCAAAAAAACAUUCCACAAAUAUUUCAAAAAAAUGCUGACAAGUUGACAUUGAAUUGGGAUCGUUCCGGUUACGUAGACCCGUAUGUCUUGAGAAUGUGUCCUAAGAUUGUUUAAGGGGUUAUUAACAGAGAAAUUGUGAAAUGUUUGGAAAAACAUAUUUUAAACUCGGCCAUUGCGACGCCAUUUCCGGUGACCCCUCGGAAAGAAGAUGGAACCGCGUUGGCGAAAUAACUCCUUACAUGAUCAUCUAAAGUGAAAAAAUACGUGUUUUAGUUAAGACCGUAACUUAGAACUUGGACAAAGGAAAGAAAAAAACUGAAAAAUGGAUUUUUGGCAGAAACUUUUACAAAAAAUUUAAAUUUUAGUGAAAAUUUCCCGACAUUUUUGUUUCAAUAAAUCCUUCGUCCAAGUUUUUAAGAGUUGUAUCUCAAAGACCUGUGUAAAAUUUCAUGAAGAUUGAUUGAGUAGUUCUCGAGAAAUCUUACCAGCUGACUUCGACAGUUUCGAGAAAAACGUGUUUAAAGACGGCGCACUUAGCCUAGCUGGCCUCGAGCGCACAAGUUCUCAAGGCUGUAUCUCCGAAACUAUUGCUUGAAACAACUUGAAAAUUUAGGAGGUGUUGUAGAGUUUAAGAAUACAAUAAAAAAAAUCGGUUUUUUGAAAGACAUGUAUUCUUUAAUUUAAUAUUUAAGACCUCAAUGUUUCGGUAGCAAAAUUCACUUCGUAUUCUUUGAUUUUGUGAGGAUAUGGGUUUUAAAAAGCAAUAACCUAACCUAACCUUAUUUAUGAACUACACUUCAACACCAACCUCACAAAAUAUAGAAAAAUAUCUCACAUAGUACAACAUAGAAUUCCACAUAUAUGUAAAUACAUACAUAUGUAUAUCGUCACAAAUACAUACUCACACCAAAUCCUUGAAAGCUUUCAUGAACGACCAAUCAACUAUGCUUCCAAAUUAGUGAACCUUAUACAUUAUUAGAAUGAGAGUACAUUAUUUAUAUAUACCCUAAACAUACAUACUGAUAUAUGCAUAAUGGCAUAUGAUAUAAAUAUAUAUAUACAUACAUACACGUAUAUACUUGUAUAUAUAUGCAAACAGUCGAAAAACACAACGCAAAUGCGAAAUUGAUCAUAUCCACAAAACGUUUUACCUUGUUAACCCUAAAGACUUAUUGCUGCAACGUCAUACCGUUUAGUGGGCGAAGCCAAACACAAACAAACACAAUCGAAAUAUGCAUACAUACAUACAUACAU